CUGUUCUUGAACAAAAUGAAGACAAAAACGAUGUGAAUGAAAUAGUGUAGAUUGACAUUGACCCCUUCUCUUUCCUUUUCAAUUUUGUUACGCACGUUGAUUAAUAAUCAUUCCCAGCCCCGUCCCGUAAAUUUCCGUUGUUGUUCGAAAAAGAUCGGAUCUUUACACGUUGAUUACAGCAUAAUAUCUCUUACAAAGUAAGCAAGCGUUCCAGAUGUACUCCAUUAAUCAAAUAUGACACGAUGUUCUUAACAAUUAUAUUAAAUUAGGUUUAUCGUUUGUUUUCUUCCACAUAAAUUUAUUCUGGUUACAAAGUCAAAAUCUCAUGUACUAAUGGAAACUUCCUCUCGGAAUUGGAGUUCAGUUGACCAGCAGCUGAUAGUCGUUUGUAUCGGGGCCCGUUCACAUCAAUCCUUCUCCAUUCCUGGUCCUUCUUGUCGGCUUUUUUAGUACCAUAUGACUAGUUUAACUGAUGAAUGGGGUAAUAAAUAAGGUUUCCACUUAACUAAUUUACUUUGUCUGUAGUUGGGAUUCGAACGCUUCAUUUUCCUUCAAAAAAAAAAAUGGAGAGGAAACUGUCGGAGGCAGCAAUUCAAGGAGAUGUGGAAUCACUGCAUCAAAUCAUGAAAGAAGAUCCAUUGAUUCUGGACAAGAUCAUCGUUUCAUGCGUCUCUGAAACUCCUCUCCACACAGCCUCCAUCUUAGGUCACUUGAAUUUCGUCAAGAAGCUUCUGAGUCUCAAACCCGAGUUAGCAUCCGAGUUGGAUUCCUCUUCCUGCUCGCCUCUUCACUUGGCAGCAGCAAAAGGGCACGUUGGAGUCGUCGAAGAGCUUCUCCGAGCAGAUUCCGAGGUGGGUUCUGUGAGGAAUUUGGAGGGAAGGACUGCUCUUCAUGUGGCAGUGAUCAAAGGUAGAGUUAAGGUGGUGGAUGAGUUGGUACGAGGUAAACCCGAGUUAACUCGGGUGUUGACUGACCGUGGGGAAACGGUGUUUCACCUUUGUGUGAAGUAUAACAGGCUGGAGGUGUUGAAGUUGUUGACUGAGUCAGUUCAGAAACAGAGGGAACUGGUCAAUUGGAGGGAUUCUGAUGGAAAUACAAUCUUGCACAUAGCUGUGAUAAAGAAGCAAUUGGAGAUGAUAAAUCAUUUGCUCACUAUCUAUGAAUUGGAAGUGAAUGCACUAAACAAGUAUAGCAUCACAGCUUUAGAUAUUCUAACUCAAAGCCCAAGAGACUUGAGAGAUUUGGAUAUUGAAAAUGCAUUGAGAAAGGCAGGAGGUUUAGGUGCUAAGGACUUGCAUUUAAUCACAGAGGACAAAAUGCAAAGUAACAUUCUUCCUCAUACAACAACAACAAGAAGACUGUCCUCAAAGCCAAAUACUAGCCUAAAGAAUCCAGUUGUGAAACACAAGCACACAGAUUGGCUGGGGAGGAAGCGAAGCGCAUUGAUGGUGGUGGCAUCUUUGCUCGCGACCGUGGCGUUCCAAGCCGGCCUAACUCCACCGGGCGGCGUUUGGCAAGACGAUUUCGUGACGGAUGCAAACGGAAACUCUGUUCUCGAGUCUCACAUUGCGGGAACCUCGGUGAUGGCCUAUAAGGCGCCGCGAGAAUACGGGUUGUUCAUGAUUUUUAACACCAUUGCUUUCCUUACUUCUCUGAGCAUAAUCCUACUCCUGGUCAGCGGUUUACCGCUCAGGAGAAGGCGGUGGAUGUGGCUCCAGAUGGUGACGGUCUGGAUUGCGAUCACGUUUCAGGUGUGCACUUAUUUCAUCACUCUUCGGCAUAUGUCACCGGACUCGGGGAAUGUUCAGAACACUUUAAGGAAAGUUACUGAGAUAUCUGUGUUGACAUGGCUGUCACUUAUGGGAGUUGUUUUCAUUGGAAAUGUGGUACGGAUGAACUUGUGGAUUCUCAGAAAGUAUGGCUAUAUUAAAGAAAAGGAAAGAGUUGCUACAGCUGAAGAAGAUGAUGAUGAUGAGAUGUGACUUUACUCUGUAUUUAACAAACUGUUCGGCUAUAUAUGGAUUUGUAUACUUAGGUUAACACUAGUUACACUUCCUCUAUUCUUUCUUAAGUUUAAUGCACUCAGUUUUCUCAUGCUCCGGUGUUUUGAUUAUGAAACCUUUGUUAAAUUUUUAGUUGUCCGAUAACGGAACUAAAGAUAGAAAGUGGGGAAAAAAGCUCAAACUUGAGAGUAGCUUUUUUUUUUGAGUCAGCUCUCUCUCUUUGUAGCCCAUAUCUAACACUGAAUUGUUCAAACUUCAAACUACAAAAGUUGAAAUGAAGUGAACCCAUGACCAAAUUUCAGAUAUGUAGAGCUAACUAAUCAGUCUUAUUCUAAAUUUUGAUUCGUGGAAGUCAAUCUGACCCAAGGUGUAGCUUUAUAUAUAGUGUGAGAAUUUGAGGGUUUUUUUUUUUUGGACAUAUGAU